CGCCGUAGAACUCCGGCGAGCCUGAAAUCCUCUGUUUUUUUUUUCUUCAAAUUUCUCCAUCUAAAGACUGAAUAUGGGCGGCAAUUCUUCUUCAUAUCAUCAAAUAAAGGAGGAAGAAGAAUCAACACCAUUAAAAUCCAACCUAGAAGACAUACCAGAGAAUUGCAAAGCCCUAAUUCUCACCCACUUAAAUCCAAUCGAAAUCUGCAAUCUUUCAUGCAUGAAUCGAUCAUUCCAAGCCGCUUCUUCUGCAAAUUUCAUUUGGGAUCUUAAAUUACCUUCUAAUUAUCAAUUCAUCGUUGAUAAAUUGGAGAAAGUUAAAUUUUUUGAUUUGGGGAAGAAGGAAUUGUAUGGUAGACUCUGUCAACACAACCCUUUUGAUGGCGGCACUAGGGAGAUUUGGGUUGAUAAAAAGACAGGGGGUGUUUGUUUGUUGAUUUCUUCGAUAGGUUUGGUGAUUACCGGAGUUGAUGAUCGGAGAUAUUGGACACAUAUUCCGACCGAUGAGUCUAGGUUUGAAACAAUUGCAUAUCUUCAACAAACAUGGUGGCUCGAGAUCGUAGGUGAAUUAGACUUUCAGCUCCCUUCAGGCUCCUACAGCCUCUUUUUUCGACUUCAACUUGGGAAAUCGGGGAAGAGGUUAGGAAGAAGAAUUUGUAACAUUGAUCAUAUUCAUGGUUGGGAUAUUAAGCCCGUGAUUUUUCAACUCACAACAUCUGACGGUCAGUGUUCAAUUUCUCGAUGUUUCUUAGAUAAUCCAGGGAAUUGGGUGCGUUAUCGUGUUGGGGAUUUUGUAGUUUCGAGGCCCGAUCAGUCUACGAAGAUAAAAUUUUCGUUGAGACAGAUUGAUUGUACUCAUACAAAAGGAGGGUUGUGUAUAGACUCGGUUUUCAUAUGCCCAAAUUAUUUAGGUUAAGCUAUUAAGAUUAGUUUGCUAGAUAUGUC